AGAAUCGCCCCCGAAAGACGUAUGUUGUCAGGGGCAACAGCGCUUUUCCCGGUGGGGAGAGUGGCUCUUCCGACUUUUGAUCCUCCGCUAUGCGCAUGACUGGUUCUUCCGCAGCUGGACGCAGGAGAUUGGAGAAGGCUAUUCCGGGCAGCUUGACCGAUACAGUAAUUGCGGGCGGAGUCUAUCUGGCUGCGCCGGACUGAUGGAUCUCUAAGGCCAAAGAUAAACUCUGCUUCAAGUGGAGUACAGCUUCUCUGUUUACAUGGGCUGUUUCGUAUAAUGUUCCUGACAGCAGCGCGGAAGUUAUAUGCAGCUCUUUUCUCCUACCCUGGAUGACGUUUCCAAUGCCCUGAGAUUUCUUGGUGGUCUCCCAUCCACAUAUGAACCUGGCCCUUUCUUCUUUUUUAACCAGCCAACAUCGAGGAUCUAGUUAGGUGUCUGUUGCAUUUUAUGUGGACAUAAUCGGCAUUCCAUAGUUGUCAUGCUGUCAUUUCUACAAGGUGUAUCAGCUGACUCUUUCUUCCACUCUUUUACAUUGGCCAGCUCUGCUUUUAAUCUACAAGUUGCUACCCCAGGGGGGAAGCCAAUUGAUUUUGUUGGAGUUAAUGAAGCAAAUAUGCGUUGGAUCCAGGAUUUCCGGAUGAAAUCCUACGCAAAUCCAGCCAAGUUGGAAUCAACUGAUGGUGCAAGAUACCAUGCUUUGUUGAUCCCUGACUGUCCUGGUGCUUUGACAGAUCUUUCAAACAGUGGCUACUUAGCUAGAAUAUUGCAGCAUUUCAGUUCGGAGAACAAGCCUAUUUGUGCUAUUGGAAAUGGAGUUGCUGCCUUAUGUUGUGCCACGAAUGAAGACAAAUCCUGGGUGUUUCAAGAAUACAGCUUAACAGGGCCUUCUGUCUAUGAACUUGUAAGACUUCCUAGUUUCUCUAGUUUACCCAUUAUUGUUGAAGACUUUUCAAAAGAUUCUGGAGCUACUUUUAGUGCCAGCAAGGUAGAUGCAGUUCAUGUCGUGCUUGACAGACACCUUGUCACUGGACAAAAUGAAAAUUCUACAGUCGCUGCUGUACAGAAUCUUAUUUUUCUCUGCAGUGGCAGCAGAAAAUGACGGAAACAUCCCCGUGGCUGAGCAGAACAAAUGAACAUGGAAGAGUUAUUUGAUUUGCUAACCUUUCAUUUAUGAACCAACAGAAAAGCUGAUUUCUAAAAGUGAUAUUUUGCAGCUUAUAAACAAGCAAAUAUUAAUUCAUAUAGUAAGCCCUGCCUGUUAUCAGAUGUACCAGUAUUCAUAGAUAUUCGUAGUUUAUAUGAGUCUUAAGGAUAUUUCUUCCUACCCUCUCACUUUCAUAAGGCUAAAUUGAUUUGAAAGAUUUCAGUCACAAUUCCCUGUGUUUCUGAACUUCCAUCAACUAUAGUAUGUUGAAAUCUUUUCUUCUUAGCUAUGUUUCCCAUUGUGCCUGAUCUGGGCAAAACUAGUGUAAGAUCUGGACUAAGUUAUCUAAUAAGGCAAGGUGAAUCUGUUAGUUCCAUUUUAUCAUUUCAGAUUGUGAAUUAAGUUUCAAGCUAUAGGACUAUAUAGUAAUUUUCUCUCUCAUAUAGGAAUAUAUAGUAUAUUGUAAAGGUUACAGUAAGAUUACUGAUAUUAUUAGUAACAGAAGAUGUAAACUUCAAGAAAAGGAACGAUUAACUGUAAAAUGUUUACUUUUAAAAUGGGACAGGUUAAAUUUAUUUCCUAAAGUUGGUUAGUGUUUUCCAUGUGUUCAUUUGUUGUAGCAUGACAAUAGUGGUUCAUUUAUUUUGCCUACUAUAGAAGGCUUUUGAUUAAAUUUUACUUCAGGUUUUAUUUGCUUGUGUUGUCUAACACACAAUUAGUGAUUAGCCAUAUUUGUGUAUAUAAUUUUUCCAUUUUAUUCUUGAAAUAAAUCAUGAAGGCUUCAUACUAUCUUAUUAACUAUAUUCAAGUUGUCUGUUGUGGAUCUUAUUUGUUAACGAUAGAAAUAGUACCCUACUUGCAUAGAUUAUAAUUUUGACUCAAGAUUGAAGAAGUACUUGAGAUUUUCCUGCAAACUAGUUUGCGAAUCAAGGUUUAGAGUCAUAUAAUAGACUAAAUAAUAUGCUGGCAACCUCUGUAGUCUAGGCAAAUAUAUUCCACAGUCACCUUAUGAUUGUGCUUUUUACUUGGUUGGAUAACACAGACAGCCAUAGAGUAGUUUUACUGUAGCACAGGAACCAGAGGAAGAACACAUUCCAUUGGGGUUUGUUUGUUUGUUUUUUAAAAAGCAGACUACCUUCUCAAGUGCAUUUGCACGCAACACCAAAAGAAAAGCAAUGUUUCUAGAAUUACAAAACCUAAAAAGUUUCAGUAGUACUUGAGCUUUGGUUUAUUUUAGAUUCCAAUACACAACCAAUAAGAAAAAAUGUAGCCAAGGAUUGAAUUGUGGACUCCUUAGUGCUCAACACUGAAGUUACUUAGGUAAUGAAACAUCUGCAAGCAAACAACCGCAUUCAGAGUACCAAAGACUCCACUGUAUAAUAGACAAAGCUUGCAUUUUGUAGAAAUUGCUCCACUGUUUGCCAAGUGGACAAGGGGGAGAAACAAGUUAGAAACAA